AAUGAAGACGUGCAGAACAAGCACAGUAGCAAUGAAGACCAGAUAGUUACUGGAAAAGGCCUAGAAAUUUCUCAAGGUAAAAUUCCUUGUCUGCUUCUGGUGACCUCUUCCUCAAAGGAAGGGGAUUAUAAGGGAACUGCAGAAAAUACCUGUUUCCAAAGCACCUGGGAAAGGACUGGAAUCUCCAAACAGCAAAAGCCACAGCAGAAAAGUCCCGGAGAGUGUAACACAAACCAGGAGCAUGUGAUCAGACUCUAACUAUCAGACUUGUUAAUACAGUUCAUGGAGGGAAAAACACACCACUUCACAGUUAAUGCAGGCAAUGGCGUUCCUCAGUCAGAUCUCUAUGCCUUUCGGGUUUUUCUGAUAAUAGGUCCUAAACUCUGAUACCCAUGGAUGCUGCAGAGUUCCGCAAAAGAGGGAAGGAGAUGGUGGACUAUGUCGCUGAUUACCUGGAGAAGAUAGAUAAAAGACAGGUCUUCCCAGAUGUCGAACCAGGAUAUCUAAGGCCCCUCAUUCCGGACUGUGCACCCCAGGAUCCUGAGAGCUUUGAAGAUGUCUUUGAAGACAUUGAGAAGAUCAUUAUGCCCGGGGUGACUCACUGGCACAGUCCAUACUUUUUUGCCUACUUCCCUGCAGCCUCUUCCUUCCCAGCUCUUCUUGCAGAUAUGUUGUGUGGUGGAAUAGGAUGCGUGGGCUUCUCUUGGGCUGCAAGUCCAGCUUGCACGGAGCUGGAGACUGUCAUGCUGGAUUGGCUAGGGAAGAUGAUUAAUUUGCCUGAAGAGUUUUUAGCUGGGAAGGAUGGUCACGGUGGAGGAGUCAUUCAGGGAAGUGCAAGUGAGGCCACCCUGAUUUCACUGCUUGCUGCAAGAACAAAAACCAUCAGACGGAUGCAGUUAGAAAACCCUGAUCUAACAGAAGCAGACAUCAUGGGCAGGCUGGUGGCCUAUGCUUCCGAUCAGGCUCAUUCAUCUGUGGAAAGGGCUGCAUUAAUUGGUGGGGUGAAGAUUAAAAAUGUUUCUUCAGAUGAUACAUUUAGUGUUUGUGGUUCAGCCCUAAAGAAAGUUUUGGAUGAAGAUACAGCUUCUGGUCUUAUCCCAUUCUUUUUCUGCGCAACACUUGGAACCACACCUUGCUGCUCCUUUGACAAACUGUUAGAACUGGGUCCUAUUUGUAAUAAGGAAAAUAUCUGGAUGCAUGUUGACGCAGCUUAUGCUGGGAGUGCAUUCAUCUGCCCUGAAUUCAGGCAUCUUUUAAACGGAGUGGAGUUUGCAGAUUCAUUUAACUUUAAUCCUCACAAAUGGCUUUUGGUGAAUUUUGACUGCUCUGCUAUGUGGGUGAAAAAAAGAUCAGAUUUAACAGGUGCCUUUAAAUUAGAACCUCUUUACCUGCAGCAUCACCAUCAGGAGUCUGGCCUUGUAACAGAUUAUCGGCACUGGCAAAUCCCCCUGGGGAGGAGGUUCCGCUCCCUGAAACUCUGGUUCGUUCUGCGGAUGUACGGAGUCACAGGACUGCAGGAGCACAUCCGCAAGCACGUCAGGCUGUCGCAUGAAUUUGAACAUUUAGUCCUUCAGGAUGAAAGAUUUGAAGUCUGUGCUGAGGUUGUUUUGGGACUAGUCUGUUUUCGGCUGAAGGGUUCAAAUGAAUUAAAUAAUGCGCUUCUUAAGAGCAUAAAUGAGGCCAAGAAGAUUCACCUGGUCCCAUGCCACCUGCGAGAGAAGUUUGUGCUACGUUUUGCUGUUUGUUCCCGCACAGUGGAAUCCACACAUGUUAAGUUUGCCUGGCAGCACAUCUCACAGCUGGCAACUGAUCUUCUGAAAACAUGGGAGCAAAACCACCACCAGCAGUAACAGUACUGAAGCUGCAGUGGGGAGGAGGUAAUUAACUGGCUUUCUCUGUGCUGCCAAGUUUUAUUUUAGGGGCAGGUGGGAAAGUUAAACUAUGAAGGAAAAAAAAUACAAAACUUGUUGUUAUGUAGCCCAGCUGCAGUAGCAAAAUCCUUGCCAGCAAAUUGUGUUGGAACCUUAGUCAUUCCUUCUCUGUACUGUAGUUUCAUCUUGCCUGUUUCCAGGAUGUGCAUAGCCACGGGAGCUCAAAUUAUUGUUUCUUACCAGUUUGUUAUCAAGAGCAUUUAUUGAACCAGCCAAUGGAAAUGGAAGGGUUAGUGCUCCCUCUGUUGUCUCCAGUAACCUCUAGCACAUCCGCUCUUUUCUUCACAGAUGAAACUGUGAGGUGUUGUUAACCAAUUAAUCUAACAUUACUAUGACUUCAGAAAGAACCCAAGUUUGGGGAAGUUCAGUAACCUGUUUAUGACAGUGUUCAGAUCCUAUCUAAACAGGCAUGCACAAAUACUGUUGUCAUGAUUUGGGGCACUAUCAUGUCAUCACUGCGUGCUGCAGUAAUUUUGUAAAUGAAGGUAGGACUUCAAUACUACUUCAUCGCACAGACAGAUCAGGGCAGGAGAGAGCACUAAAUUAAUGCUAACUGUCCUUAUAGCAGGUUCUUUACUUCUCCCUAAAGGGUUUGCUUUUAAAACAGGUAUUUUGUCAAAUCUCAGCAAAUAGGUUGUGCUGGCUGUGGGUUUUCACUUCGAACAUUCAUGACAAGGCCUCUUAAAAGCCCCUUCUUAAGAGUUUUGUCAAAAGCCACAUGCUACCUGGUAUUCAGUACUUUUAACCAAGUUGUUAUAAACAGUGAUUACUUGAAAAUGAUCUCUAAGCUAUGUUUUGUGAGAUAAAGUUGUGAUUCCUUUUUAAAGCUACCAUUCCAUUUACUUCAUUGUGUAAUAAAUCUCUGACAAAAAUGUGCUAAGAAAUGUGAUGGCAAAAAUGUUACUCUUCAUUUCUCAAAUUAGCUAAGAAAUGAGAUAACAAAUUAAAACAAAAAUAGAAAUUAAAAGAAAUAUCUUCCAAAAUAUGCUGCGGUGCCCCCAUCAGCGUUUUUCCUCUAUUAACUGUGAUGCAUGGAACACAAAAGUAUUAGAAAACAAUUAACCUUCAGAGAAAGUCAGAUAAUGUGUACGUGACACAAUCAUUGAUAUGUUGAGGGCAAGUACAAUGAAGCGGUGAAAUGAAAGUCAGAAACAAUAUAUGACUUAUUAAUAAAUACUUCUGUCAUUUUGAAAAUAUAAAUUCAAGACAGUUAUUUCUAUGUAAAUAAGAACAAAAUCAAUAGCUACUCCAAGAAAAAUAAUUUAUAGGAUUAACUCCUACAUUUGCAUUUGUUUUAAUAUUUCCUUUUUCUGCUUAUAUUAACUUCUACAGCAUCUCAAACAACUUGCAUAAUUAUUCGGCUUUCUUCCUCUAUCCCUUGCAAGUAUACUUCCUACAUCGAGGAAGUUGCAAGUAGACCAUGAAACAUGUAGGAGGACAAUUAAUUUAGCACACAGUCUGCUCCUACUCACUGUCUUUCCAGAAGGGGUAAAAGAAGCUGACUAUGGCCUAGGUGGAUUUCUCUGGUGAUUCCAAAUUACCUCACUUCUAUGUUGCAAACCAGGAAAGCAUUAGUAUUAAUGUGUGUGCAUAUGCACAUAAGAGAUGUGCAUGAAUCCUGACACUUAGGAAAAACUUACCAAGCUCUGCAUUUCCAGCAGGUCAAGCUAUGUGAUUAGGGGAGGUGAUCGCAUACUACCCUCCUGUAAGUCUAGCCUGAGGCUAUGUUACCCACCCAGAUGGAAAAGCUGAUUACUGUUUCUUUAAGGAAUUGCUUUCACAGGUAACAGAUGAAGCAAGGGAUGACAAAUUGAUCUUGCAAAACCAAGUAAUAUUCAAGCAGGUAACUGAGCCAUUCCACAACACGCUACUCAGCUACAGUAUCAGAAAUUCUGAUAGUGACUUUAUCUUUAGCAGAAUCAAUAUGAAAUUAAGCUUUCCUGUAGUAGCACAAUGCACUAGAUGGGUAGACUGAAGAAAGCAGAAAAUGCAGGCAGUUGUUUCCUUUCUCUAUUAUUUUUUUCUAAAAAUAACAUUAUUCAUUUAUCAUGACCUAGGAAACAAUGUUCAUCCAUAGCACAUAUGGUCCACACUAAUAGAAUUUUACCACUUUUACAUUAUGAAAACAAUAGAAUCUUGGAACCAGAGAAGAAUAACACCCUCUUUAUGAAUAGACCAGUAUUUUGUGUGUGAAACACAUAACCAGAUCUAUCCAGGAAAAAUAAAGAGAUCAGAUUCUGAUCAAAGCCAUCAUAAGUAAAUCCAAGAUAAUGCCACUGAAAUGAACUGGAGUUGCUUUGAGUUUACGUGACUAUAAUUGAAAUUAAAAUCUAACUAUUAGAUAUUGAAAAAGAAAUGCAUAAGGUAAGGGCAACACUACAUGGAACUAAAGAGGAUUUUGCUAGAAAUCUUCCCCAUGGAAACCAGAGCAAAGGUGGGUGAUGCACGCCUGCGUGAGCCUCAGACUGCUGUAGAACAGGGACGUGGGCAGGAUGCACAUGCAGACCUAGGAGGGGUGAUAUGUUCCCAACAGCUCAGAAUUCGGCAUAGGUCCCCCUAGACAUUUGUGGGAAAAUGUUGCCAAAACUGACGUUCACUUAAACAUUUUUCAGCAUACGGGUAUCAGUUUUAGAAGAGGCUGUUGUCCAGAUAUCAGAACCCCUUCUGGCAAAUAACUUAGGGUUAAUUUAAAAUACUAUAAAUAAAGAAAUUGUUAAUGUAUUUUUGUUUUUUUAAGAAGUGAUGUAAGUAAAUCUUUUAAUAAACAGCAUUGACAGGAACCAUGGGAUUAUCUUUCCCCAUGGACAGCCCCAAACAGAAAUUCUGAUUUUUAAAAUUAUGGAAUAAUUUGAAUAUGUAAUUGCUGAAGGCCGCCUUAGUAUUCAGUUUCUCAUACCCUCUUUUCCCCACAUGAUAAUUCCUUCCUAGACUGUUAAUGUUAGGUCAUCUGAAAAUGAAAUCUGGGCUGUGUAAUCAACUCAAGAACAAAAGUGCUGAAAAGAACAUCUUGAAAGAAGAACAUAACUGCUGUGUCUGUUCUGUAGCUUUGCAACAUAUGUGUGAGAAAUACUGUAUUUAUGAAUAGUUAAUAUGUGAAUCUGAAUUUAUUGUGCCUUGUGUGCAAAAGCUAAUACAGUCUAUGCCGAUUCAUACUGUUUGUGUUAAAAGAAAUUACAAAACCUCAGAACUGUACUCUGGAAGAAUAUCCAUAUCUCAUAGGAGACAGUGCUGCUACUAGAGAAGGAGGAAAAAAUAACUUUUUAGUAACCGUAUAUUUUUUUUUAAACUAGUAGAGUGCUAGUACAACACCUGCGUUCUUAAUAAUGACAGAUUAUAAAUAUAUUUUGUUAUCGACAGUGAAGUAUUGAAAAUAUAUGUAUUUAUGAAAGUAUUAUUAAUAUAUUAUACUCUGAACUGCACUAUAAUUUUUAAACUCCUAAAUUUCACGUGCUUCUACAUAUAAGGCACGUGCCUAUAUAAGGCCGUGAGCCAACUGCUCCUGGUUAUUGUUUUAGUGGUUGUUGUUGUUGUCUCCUGUAAGGAUACCAUAUUUGAUGAAUUGUACUCACAUUGCAGCUGCCUUACAACAGCAGUCUAAACCUUGAGAUGCGUAAGCUUGAGUUGCUCAAAGGCAGGAGCAAAUGAGAAAUAAAAGUGAGAACCUGAAGACCAAGUUAGUGGGGGAAGAUUAAAUAACCAUCGAUGGAAAACACCUACAAAGCAUAUGUAGAGCCUGCAUGACCUAAAUGGAAAAACAAUCAGAUGUUUAGUGCUUUUUCAUUAUAAUUGUGAGUUGAGUUCCUUUAACGUCUAUAUCCAAAGCCUACUAAGCAGACAUGUAGGUUUUAAUUGGCAGCAUUAAUAAAAGAAAACAAAGCUAUGACUAUUG